AUGAAUUUGUAUCAAGAGUUAACGUGCGAUGGGGAGAGUAGCGCUCUGUUCGCAGGGGGACACCGACCAGGGGAGGUCAGGAUAGGUGACUUGGGCCAGAUCAUUUCUCCAGAACUUGGAGCUGGCAAUGAGGGUAACUCUUUAUCAGAGGGUGACCCGGGAUAUUCAUUACAACACAGUUACCCGUCUUUCUCCGGUGCCAAUUCUGCGACCGACUGCACGGUAACUCAGCUACCAGUCUACUCAGGCUCGAGCAGCUCUCCUCUGACACAGAGUCAGGGCUUUUCAACCACGCCACCGGCCUGCAUUCACUACUCUCGUCUCCCCUCCUACCUCCGGGUGCAGGAACACGACUUCCCGGGACUUGGAUACUCCUCUUCCACACACAUCACCGGGACUGAGGCGCUAGCGCACGCAGAAUUCGGGUCUAUAAAUGCGCACAUUAAAAUCUACACUCACGAUGGGUCUAAUGUUCACUUUGCUGUUGUGGAUAGUAGCUCUCACUCCGACCCCAAGUGUAAGGUACCUGAACUAAGUCACAGGAGCAAAACUUUUGAUUGGAUGAACGUGAAGAAGAGAAGUCAAGUUCGGACGGCCAAGAUGCACAUGGCCUGUGGAUUAAGUAUAGUCGCUCCGGGCGUCAGUAUGGACAGAGGAGGUGGAGGUAACCACAGCAUUCCCACCGAUGGGCAUCAUAUUACCGCUAACGGGGUACUAAGGACCAAUUUCACCACGAAACAGCUCACAGAGCUCGAGAAGGAGUUCCACUUCAACAAGUACCUGACACGAGCCAGACGCGUGGAGAUCGCGAGCGCCCUGCAACUGAGCGAGACGCAGGUGAAGAUUUGGUUCCAGAACCGGCGCAUGAAACAGAAGAAAUUAAUGCGCGAGGGUCUUCUCCCGGUGGCCUUCCGUGUCCUCGAGCUGCUCAGAAAGCUCACGCUCCAACAGCCUGGACACUUAUUCCUCUCCUGGACAACUUGAACCGACCUCAUGCUCUCCCAAACACCUGCCGCCCAUUAACACUCAACUAGAGGAACUGUCUCAUGCAGACAAUGGCAGACAGUAUCAUCAACAUGCAGGUUCUUUGAUUCUCCAUUAGGAGGAAUUUCUUCCUUAAUUGGUUAAUCAGGGUCAUGUUGUUUUUCACACAAAAAAACAACACGGAUAGCAGCGUAAGUUUUGUGAACUCCAGAAUGUGUUAUUGUAAGUGUUUGAGUCAGUGAUUCCUCAU